CCGGAGAAAAAGUCCUCAAAGCUGCUGCGGCUGCAGAAAGGAUGCUGUAGAGGAGAACAACACGAACCACCUGGUGAUCAACCUGAGAACUGAUAGUCAAGAUGACAGCCAUGGAGAGCAAAGAAGAGAUCAGCGACACGGACAGUGGGAUUAUCUUGCACUCUGGCCCAGACAGCCCCACCUCUCCACUGAAGGACCCGACCACUCACACCAGAGCCCUGAAACUGAAGCAUCAAUCUCUGGAAGAGCGUCUGGAGCUCUGCCUGCUGGAGCUUCGAAAACUCUGCAUCAGGGAGGCGGAACUGACUGGCUCAAUCCCCUCAGACUUUCCUCUGCUGCCCGAUGAGAAGCCGCCUCGGGUUAGGAGGAGGAUCGGAGCGUCUUUCAAACUGGACGAAGGUCUGAUCCUUCAGGACCAGCAGGAUCCAGAGUUACAAGCUCUGGAAACUGACUUGGCAGUCCAGCGGCAGAUUUACGAGGCGGCCCGAAAACUCUCCCUCGAAGAGAACCUCAGCAAACCACAGAAGAAGAGCCGGCUCCAGCAGUGCAGAAGGGAAGAGAAGAAAGUGAAGGAUCUGCAGGAGGCCGUUUUCCAGCACAGGAUCAAGAGUGAGUGCAAUUCACCGUGCAUCUCCAUCUCUAGCAGCCCGAGUAAAGAUACGUCUGAUGACAGCUCCCUUUCUGAUGUGGUGGCUCUGGAUGAUGAUGUAGAAUCGUCUUGCCCACUCUCACCCCCAGUGUUGGACACCUCAGACUCAGACCCCCUGCAGUCGCCUCAUCAGUCUCCAGAGCAUGAACGCUCUCCAAUCCAGAACUCCCCGUGGAAAGAAACCAGUCUGGAUCAGCCUUACCAGAGAUCAACUAAACCUCAACCAGCUAGCAGAAGCAGGUCCAGUAGUCCAGCAGCAGCUCCGGUGUCUGCAGAGAGCUGCAGGAUUCCUCUGACUCAGUUUGUCAGGAACUCUGCUUUACGAAACAACCACUCCACCAGCGCCCCCUCCACUCCAGAGCUGCUCGUACGCCGACAGUACUCUCAGUCUUUCAGACUUCCCAAAAAGAAGCUGACCAUCGACAUAGAGCGGCUCGGCUCAGAGAGCUGCCGCGGCCGGGUCCACCCGCCUCUGCAGCGGUGCGGCCCAGAAACCGUGGUGCACUCUCCAGAGUUCUCCCCUCCGCGGCCGCAUCAGUGCAGCUCAGAGGACAGCAGCUCAGAGCAUUCCUCCUCCUCCUUCUCCGUCUGCUCUCCUGGAAGGGACAGACCCACCGAUAUUCCCAAGCUCUGCCCUCCGCCUUACGGAUUCCACUUCGGGGCACAGACGAAGGAGUUGUCCUGUUUCCGCGGACAGGUCAGACCCACACCAGGAAACGGGCCUCUGUCGCCUCGAGACACGGACACCAGUAAGGGCCUCCUGACUGCAACUCCAGAGGUUCACAAUCUGCAAAGAGGAACUCUGUGCCAGAGAAGCAUCCUGAAGCCCCCGCCGCCGUACACCAGGCUGGUCCGAACUCCUUCGCUGAAAGACUACCCGAACCACACCGUCAGGCUGCUGCCCCGCGAGAUCGUGUCAGAGGAGCUGAAAUCCUGGCACCAGAGGAAUCAGCUGCAGAAGUUCUGGCCGAGCUGUGGAGAACAUCAGAGCAUGAUGAGCCCGACCUCUCCUCACCUGCCCCCCUUUGAACAGGGUUCGGGUAACCUGGUCCUCCAGAGAGCCGCAGACGGGACUCCAGUCCAGUGGUUUGUGGCCGAGGACGCUGAAAUCGUGAGCCAGGUGUAACCUGCAUCUGUUCCCGUUUAUUUAUCUCUGUAUUUAUUGAGACUUUAGACUCUCUGUGAGAUUGUAAAGAAGGCCGACCUGUUGGUACCAGUAUGGUAAUUAUUUAUAAUUUAACGUAAGGUGGAACGCCGGCUUUAUUUAUUUUAGGUUGUCUCUUAUUAGACUGUAGCUAAAGCAAGGCUCAUGCAAUCUUAAAGACUUGUUAAAUGGACCAUAGACUUUUUUGCUGUUGUGGCUGGCACACAUUUUUUUUUACACAAACGUCACCUCUUUUAGACAUCAUAUAGGUUUUCACUUUUAUAUAAAUUUUGACUAUAUUUAUUUUAAAAGUUUUUCCCUUACAAAAUGGAUUUAUAACAAUUUUGAAACCAUAUUGGACCUACCUAAAUUUUUCUUUUGUAUCUUUAUGACUUGCCGACACCUUUUAGAGUGGUUUGAUGAAAGUUUUAACUGCAGUAUGCCAUGCUCUUACUAACCGCAUGAUUGUGUGAGCGUUGAGAAAUUAUUUUUUUGUAUAUUUAUAAUAAAGCAUUUAAAA